AUGGACGCUCGGCGCGGCGAGAGGGACCCGCCGGACGCGUUACAGAACCGCUUCCACGCCGAGCGGGCCAAGAAGGAGCGCCAGUGGAAGCUGCUCUUCACGCAGUACACCGUGAACCCCUACCAUCCCAUUCACAUGGUUGCUAGGAAGCCAAUGUCUUGGCAUGAGAACAUACGUGAGCCAGUAAAUGAUGAAUUUCUGAAUCUUCUUCACCGUGCAGCAGAGGUGCCAAGAAGGAAAUACUCAAUGCCACAAACUGAAAGCCAAGAAAUUGGCUGGCAUGCAACACCUUUGGUUCCUUUGGACCGCAGCGAUAUUAGAUUCUACUGCCCACGCUGGAAAACUGAGAUUACUGUCCAUGGCUACCCUGCACCACGGGGAGAGAAGUCUAAAGAAUAGUACAGCGGGAAAAGCACAGACAGAAUGUUAAUGACAUCUAAUGUGUUAGGCCCUGCUUGUUAUCUAGCAAGUCUGGCAGAUUUCUAGUGAAAGACAAUAGAAAAAAGAAAACUUUCAUCUGUCCAGAUUUGCAACCUGACAACAGUGGCACAAACAAACCUAUCUGUAAGGCUCUGUA